UUCCUCAUUCUUAACCGCGGAAAGACAAACGGUUGAUUCGACCGGAAAAUAUUUCCGCCUCUCGGUUCAAAUCUCUCGCCGCAUUGUUUCAAUAAUUCAUUCAAGAAAAAGGAAUUAGGGUUUCAUCAAUGGCGUGUUUGAGAGUCAGUAGAUUUCAAGUUGGAGCUAAAUCGGUUUUAUUGGUGAAGGAAAAACACAGCAUCGGAAAACCUUCUAUUCCGAUCGUAUGUAAUCGCUGUUCGAAAUCGAGAUCGCAUCAUCUGAGAGUUGUAGCUAAUCCUAAUUUCACCGAAACCGGAGCUUUUUUAAGAUCGAAUCAAGCUAAUUUGGCAAUUCCAUGGGAGAGUAUUCCAAUUGACGAUGUUGAUGAGAAGGAGAAGGAGAGGGAGAUUACUUCUGAAAGACUCGAUCAAUGGUUGAGAGAAUCAGUCACAGAGAUUGUUAGCAAUAUAGACGAGGCGCCUUUCCUGAUGCAAAUACAAUCGAAUGGGGAGAUGGUGAUGGUGAAAGCAAUACCAAAUGGAUGGUCGGAGAUAAAACAGAGGUGGGAAAGUGGGAGGUGUCGAAAGCCGAAUGGAAUAAUCUUAGUUAAAGAACUCGAGUCUUGUUCGAUAGAAGAUGAUGAUGAUAACGGAGAUGGGAAUUCGUCGAAUACUAAGGUUUGGGGGAUAUUGAUUCAAGGGAAAGGAGUGAACUCUGCUUGUUAUGUGCUCAAGACAUGUAGAGUUAAGUCUACUUUUGGGUACUCUACUCAUUUUUAUGUGUUUAGAAUGGAUUCUUUUCAAGAGAGUCUUGAAAACCAGCUUAAAAAUUUAUGGUUGGUUUAGGGUUUAGAUUGAUUACAUAAUACUUUUUACUUUCUGAAAGAUUUGUACAGAAAUCAGACUGUUAUUCAUUGUUUUAGUUGAGAAAGUUUACAUCA